UCUUUGGAUUUUGAUCACAUAAGUUCGAUUGCAAAGCCAUUGAAUUUUGAAUAAAAUAACAAAAUUAUAAAUUAGUGUUUCGGUGUAGAUAUUUUCCGGUGUGUCUUUGUUGCUCCUGCCUGUCUGGGACGCUUGCUUUUCUCCAAUUGUUGUUGUUCAUAUUCGUCAAAGGAGGGGGAGAUACCUGCAAAGAUACUCCGACGCUCAAGUCAGAUUUCACAUCGAAUAUAUAUAGAGAGAGAGACUCUACCAAGUGCUGUGUUGUGGCAUUCCACCGCUGAGGCUCUCUCUAGGGUUUGUUGGCUCUCAAAUCGAACCGAUUCCAUGGCGGAAGAAAGAUUCACGGGCGUUGUGCAGUGGUUCAACAAUGGAAAAGGCUUCGGCUUCAUCAAGCCUGACGACGGCGGCGAGGAUCUCUUCGUCCAUCAGUCCUCCAUCAGAUCCGACGGUUACCGCACUCUCCUCGAGGGCGAUCGCGUUGAGUUCGCUAUCGCCACCGGCGACAACGACAAGACCAAGGCCGUUGACGUCACCGGAAUCGACGGCGCCCCUCUCCAGCCCCGUGCCGCCUCCGGCAAUCGUGGCUCUGGGUACGGAUUUGGCUCCAGGCGGAAUGGCGCGGGCGCUGGCGGUGCUGCGUGCUAUCAGUGUGGCGAUUUCGGCCAUCUGGCUAGGGACUGCAACCGAAGCAGCAAUUCCGGCGGCGGUGGUGGGUGCUUUGUUUGCGGCGGGUUUGGUCACCUCGCGAGGGACUGCGUGCGCGGAGGCAACGGCGGAGGAGGAGGAGGAGGCGGAGGCGGGGGCGGAGGCGGCUCUUGCUUUAGGUGUGGCGGAUUUGGACACAUGGCGAGGGAUUGCGCGACUGCGAAGAGCGUCGGUGGUGGUGGUGGUAGUGGUGGUGGUUGUUUUCGGUGUGGGGAGGUAGGUCAUUUGGCUAGGGAUUGCGGCAUUGAAGGAGGAAGGUACGGCGGUGGUAACAGUGGUGGUGGUGGUGCUGGCGGUGCUGGGAAGAGCACCUGCUUUAAUUGUGGGAAGCCUGGGCAUUUUGCGAGGGAGUGUGUUGAGGCUUCCGUGUGAGGUGAAGGGUUACGUUUUGCGAAGGGAGAAAAAGGUGGAAUAGUACAUAUUCUCUUUUUUUGCACCUUUUAACAGUUAGUAACUUAUUAGCCUCUCUUAUUAUUCUUCUAAUUCCGGGGAAGUUUAUACAUAUGGCAAAAAAAAAAAUAUGUGGUUUUGGUUUUUGACUAUGGUACUGCUUCGCAGGCGAUUUUGCCUCCUUUUUUUUAGUUUUUACUCUGCCUGUUAGACAUUGUUUCUGAUUUAUAGUCUACCUUUGUUCCCG